CCCGCCGUCGCCGCGCCGUUCCCCCCCAAAACCCAAAAAUAUCCCGCCGAAUUCCACCGCCAGCGCCCACCACUUUCCCCUCCCCUCCCCCCCUCUCCCCGCGCCGCGCCGCCGGAGAGCCGAUGGAUCCGCAGGCGGCGGAGGGGCAGGACGCGGCGGCGGUGCUGGGCGCGGACCCGGCGCCGCUGACGGCGCUGCUGGGGGACCUGGCGUCGCCGGCCAACGAGGCGCGGUCGCGGGCGGAGCGGACGUUCCACGCGCUGCGGGCGUCCCACCCGGACCCGCUCGCGCUGCGCCUGGCCCACCUGCUGCUCUCCCCGACGCACCCCGCGGCGCCCAUGGCCGCCGUGCUCCUCCGCCGCCUCAUCUCCCCGGGCUCCCAGGCCUUCGUCUACCCGGCGCUCGCCCCGGCCACGCAGUCCUCGCUCCGCGCGCUGCUCCUCUCCGCGGCCUCGUCGCCCGGCCUCUCCAGGUCCAUCUCGAAGAAGCUCUCCGACGCCGUCGCCGAGCUCGCCACCUACCUGCUGCCCUCCGGCUCCUGGCCCGAUCUCCUUACCUUCCUCUACAAAUCCGUCGCCUCCGCCUCCUCGCCCCCCGCGCUGCAGGAGUCGGCGCUCAACACCCUCGCCAGGCUCGCCUCCCACCUCGCCGCCGGCUUCCCCGACCUCCACGCGCUCCUCCUCGCCGCGCUCUCGCACCCCUCCUCCACCGACGUCCGCGUCGCCGGCCUCAACGCCGCCAUCAGCGUCAUCCAGUCCCUCCCCUCCGCCGCCGACCGCGACCGGUUCCAGGACCUCCUCCCCGCCAUGAUGCGCGCCCUGGCCGAGUCGCUCAACUGCGGCAACGAGGGCUCCGCGCAGGAGGCGCUUGAGAUGAUGAUUGAGCUCGCUGGCCUGGAACCACGCUUCCUCCGCCGCCAGCUGCCCGACGUCGUCGCCUCCAUGCUGCAGAUUGCUGAGGCCCCUGGAUUGGAGGAUGGCACACGCCAUCUUGCUGUCGAGUUCGUUGUUACCCUUGCCGAGGCGAGGGAGCGUGCGCCUGGGAUGAUGAGGAGGCUGCCCCGGUACGUUGGCAGGCUCUUUGCGGUGGUCAUGACCAUGCUGCUUGAUGUCCAGGAUGAGCCGGCAUGGUACGCCGCAGUGUCUGAGGAGGAGGACGCUGGGGAAACCGGAAGCUUUGUUUUUGCACAGGAGUGUCUUGACCGGCUUGCAAUUGCUGUCGGUGGCAACACCAUCUUGCCCGUGGCUGCUGAGUUGCUCCCAUCGUAUAUCGGUGCUGAAGAGUGGAAGAGACGGCAUGCGGCACUCAUGACGAUAUCACAGAUUGCAGAAGGCUGUGCUAAGGUGAUGACUAAGAAUCUUGAUCAGGUAGUUGGGAUGGUGCUCAAUUCUUUCAAUGAUCCCCACCCUCGGGUGAGGUGGGCAGCAAUCAACGCAGUAGGGCAGCUUUCGACGGACUUGGGGCCUGAGUUGCAGAACAAGUUGCACCAUGUUGUACUCCCUGCGUUGGCUUCAGCCAUGGAUGAUUCCGAGAACCCACGCGUACAGGCACAUGCAGCUUCUGCAAUUCUGAACUUCAGCGAAAAUUGCAGACCCGAAAUUUUAACUCCAUACUUGGACGUGAUAGUCGGCAAACUUCUCCUGUUGCUUCAGUCUGGAAGCCAAAUGGUGCAAGAAGGUGCUUUGACCGCUUUAGCGUCAGCUGCAGAUUCUUCGCAGGAACACUUCCAAAAGUAUUAUGAUGCAGUCAUGCCAUAUCUCAAGGCUAUACUCAUGAAUGCAACUGAUAAAUCAAGCAGAAUGUUGCGUGCCAAAUCCAUGGAAUGCAUAAGUUUAGUUGGUAUGGCUGUUGGGAAACAGAAAUUUAGGGAUGACGCUAAGCAGGUUAUGGAAGUUUUGAUGUCACUGCAAGGAUCUCACAUGGAGGCUGAUGACCCAAUAACGAGUUACAUGCUGCAAGCAUGGGCAAGACUUUGUAAGUGCCUUGGUCAGGAGUUCCUCCCGUACAUGAGUGUUGUUAUGCCCCCUCUACUUCAGUCUGCUCAGCUUAAACCAGAUGUGAGCAUCACUUCUGCAGGCGAGGAUGGUGAAUCUGAUGAUGAUGGUGUUGAGACUAUUACCCUGGGAGAUAAGAGGAUUGGCAUCAGGACCAGUCUUCUGGAGGAGAAAGCAACAGCAUGUAGUAUGCUGUGUUGCUAUGCUGAUGAGCUCAAGGAAGGUUUUUUUCCAUGGAUUGAUCAGGUUGCAACUACUCUGGUACCUCUCCUCAAAUUCUAUUUUCAUGACGAAGUUAGGAAGGCAGCUGUUUCAGCGAUGCCUGAGCUUCUACGUUCAGCAAAGUUGGCAGUAGAAAAAGGCCAAGCUCAAGGCCGGGAUAAUUCUUAUCUUAAGCAACUAUCUGAUUACAUAGUUCCAGCUCUUGUAGAGGCUAUGCAUAAAGAACCUGAGACACAAAUUUGUGCAAGCAUACUGGAGUCAUUGAACGAGUCAAUUCAGAUGUCAGGAACACUUCUCGAUGAAGGCCAGGUUAGAUAUAUAGUGGAGGGAAUCAAAGAAGUAAUAACAGCAAGCUCUAAUAGGAGGACAGAACGAACAGAGAGGGCGAACGCUGAAGAUUUUGAUUCAGAAGAAGACGAGCUACUGAGGGAAGAAAAUGAACAGGAGGAUGAAAUCUUUGAUCAAGUUGGCGAUUGUUUGGGCACUCUGGUCAAAACUUUUAAGACUUACUUCCUUCCAUUCUUUGAUGAACUCUCUGUCUACUUGACACCUAUGUUGGGCAAGGACAAGACAUCAGAAGAAAGAAGAGUCACCAUUUGCAUUUUUGAUGAUGUUGCAGAACACUGUCGAGAAGCAGCAGUUAGGUAUUAUGACACAUAUCUUCCUUCUCUGUUAGAAGCCUGCGCAAGUGAAAACCCAGACGUUAGACAGGCUGCAGUUUAUGGUAUUGGCAUCUGUGCUGAGUUUGGUGGUUCUUCAUUUAGGCCUCAUACUGGGGAGGCACUGUCCAGAUUAUACAAUGUAAUCAAACAUCCUAAUGCAUUGGAUUUGGAUAAUGCGAUGGCAUAUGACAAUUCUGUUUCCGCUCUUGGAAAGAUAUGUCAAUUUCAUCGUGAUAGCAUUGAUGCAUCUCAGGUCAUUCCUGCUUGGUUAAGUUGUUUGCCAUUGAAAAAUGACCUAGUUGAGGCCAAGAUUGUCCAUGAACAGAUGUGUGCAAUGCUUGAGAAGUCCGACAGUGAGCUUUUGGGCCAUAAUAAUCAACAUCUUCCAAAGAUCGUAUCUACUUUUGCAGAGAUCUUGUGUGCCGGCAAGGAUCUGGCAACAGAACAAACUGCUAGCAAGAUAGUUAAUCUGCUAAGGCAGCUCCAAACCACUCUGCCUCCUUCAGUACUUGCCUCGACAUGGUCUACUCUUCAGCCACAGCAACAGCUCGCGUUACAAUCUGUAUUGACAUCAUAGCUAACCAGAAUGACCUCAGUCGUGUUACAUAUGGAAUUCAAAGCUUACCUUUUUUUCCUUUCUUCUUGUGUUCCAUUCGCACAUUUUUUGUGCUUGGGUUGCUGGGGUUUGUGCAGCAUACAAAUGCCCUGGGCUUUUGUACCAAGGGCAAGGUUUGCAUCAGGUGUGUAUAUUUUAUUGUGGAGUGAUGUGUGCGAGGCUGGGAUGUCUCCACAUCGCCGUGGCAAGGUUGUAAAGUGACAUAUUUGGCUAGUGAUGUUAGUUGGGUCGAAUGAGUUGUAAAUUAACAGCAAUUUUGAUCGUUGAUGGUUGAUGUCGUAUUCAUUCUGUCAA